UCGCCCAGGUGCCCUAUCCUCCACUGGGAGGGGGCCUGAAGCCCGCGCCUCCAGGCGGAAGCGCAGCUGCCAUUGGUCCAGCAGCCGCGGUCACCUGUGCGGAGCCCGGGUCCGGAGCGCAAAGUCCGCUGUCCGAGGCCAGGAAGCUGGCGCGGGCGGGCAGCACAGGUGGUCCAGGCCAUCGGCCCUGCAAGAUGCCGCUUGGACUGCGCAGGAAGAAGAAGGCAGCCAAGUCCAAGGAGACGGCGCAGCUGGUGGAGGGCGACAGGUCGGGCGUCCGCGAGGGUGUCCCGGGACCCCCGGCUCCCGCGCGCAGGCUGGUGUUCUACGCACAACUGGCGCACGGCAGCGCCACGGGCCGAGUGGAGGAGUUCUCCAGCAUCGAGGAGCUCUACGCCAAGAUCGCCGGCGCCUUUGAGAUCGAGCCUUCCGAGAUCUUAUUUUGUACUUUAAACACACCCAGAAUCGACAUGGAAAAGCUCCUAGGCGGGCAGUUGGGUCUCGAGGAUUUCAUAUUUGCUCAUGUGAAAGGAAUAAGGAAGGAAGUAAACGUCUAUAAGUCAGAGGACUCUCUUGGACUCACCAUCACAGAUAACGGCGUCGGCUACGCCUUCAUCAAGAGAAUUAAAGAGGGCAGCACCAUUGACGCAGUGAAAACCAUCUGUGUGGGGGACCAUAUUGAAUGCAUAAAUGGAGAAAAUAUUGUUGGGUGGCGUCACUAUGAAGUCGCGAAGAAGCUGAAGGAGAUGAAAAAGGAGGAAGUCUUUACUUUGCAGCUAAUAGAACCAAAGAAGGCAUUUGAAAUAGGACCAAGGUCAAAAGCUGGGAAGACGUCCACAGAUAAAAUCGGCACUUGCAGAGGGACUCUUCGUCUGAGAUCGAAAGGUCCUGCCACAGUAGAAGAGCUGCCCUCAGAAGCCAAAGCAAAGGCAAUCGAAAAGGUUGAUGAUCUCCUCGAACUGUACAUGGGAAUCCGAGAUAUUGACUUGGCUACAACCAUGUUUGAAGCUGGAAAAGACAAAAGCAACCCGGAUGAAUUUGCUGUGGCGCUUGAUGCGACUCUGGGAGACUUUGCCUUUCCUGACGAGUUCGUGUUUGACGUGUGGGGAGCCAUUGGUGACGUGAAACACGGAAGAUGAGGGCGUGGGCAGUCUUCCUGGAGAAACGGCGCGAGUUCUUUCCAAGGCAAUCAGUCUUCUUGGGGACUCUUUAUGAACUCUGCUUUAGCUUCAUGCGUAUGAGACAGUCUACGAGACGUGAUUUUGAUUCAUGGGCAAUGUUUAAUAUAGUUUCCUAUGUAGUAUGGCCUAAGAUAAAUUAAAGUUUGAUCCAUUUUAA